AUGGCUGCCAACACCCGUUCUGUGCGUGAAGAUUUUGAACAAUUCAAAGACUCAAUGGAGACUCGUUUCUUGGAGUUGGGAACAUCGUUGGAAGCUCGCUUCAUGCAAAUUGGUGCAUCGUUGAAGAACAACCUUGAAGAAAUCAUGGGUAACCGCGAAACGCAUAAUCUCUCCAAUAACGGUAACCCUUCUCGACCGUAUUCUUGCAGUAUUAGGUUGGCUAGGAUAGAUUUUCCUCACUUCAACGGGGAUGGGGUAAAACAAUGGCUAAUUCAAUGUGAAACUUUCUUUUCGGUGGAUGGCACACCGGAUGAUUACAAGGUCCGUUUGGCAGUUAUUUAUUUCGAAGGAAAAGCUCUACAAUGGCACAGUGCAUAUGUCAAGAACAUCGGAUUAUUCAACCUUCCUUCUUGGGAAUCUUACACCAAGAUCUUGAUUGAUAGAUUUGGGGAGGUUUGUGAAGAUCCUAUGGUUGAUUUGAUGAAGUUGCGUCAAAAGAACUCUGUUCAAGAUUACCAUGACGCUUUUGAUCGGAUAGUAUCGCAAGUGGAACUUUUAGAGACCAAUCAAUUAAGUUGCUUUCUGGGUGGAUUGAAGCAAGACGUGCAAAUGAUGGUUCGGAUGUUUCAACCUACUUCUGUAAGGAAAGCCUUCUCGCUAGCCAAAAUGUAUGAAUCUGUUAACAACACCAGUUCACAAGCAAAGUCAUUCCCCAGACAAUUCAAACCACCUUUGUUGCCUAAUCCCACCCAGCGAGUGGAAGACCCUCAGCCAAGACCAACCUCAAGAAAUCUUACUCCUGCUUUUAUGAAUGAAAGGAGGGCUAAAGGCUUAUGUUAUUUUUGCGAUGAGCCGUUCACACCUGCCCAUAGUUUAACCCACAAAAAACUCCAGAUUCAUGUCAUGGAAUUGGAGGAUGACACAGUUUCAGAUGAAGACACAACAAACUCGGUUGAAACGGAGGGUAACAGGGAAGAAGAACCAUUGAUUUCAGUUAAUGCUCUGACAGGGGUUGCUAAUUUCAAAACUAUGAGAGUUACUGGUCUUUGCCGAAAGAAACCUCUGCAUAUCCUCAUCGAUAGUGGGAGUACUCAUAAUUUCUUGGAUAUUCAUAUAGCCAAGAAACUGGGAUGCAGAAUCGGGAACAUGGACCCUUUGAGUGUUACAGUGGCAGACGGUGCUAAGGUUCAUAUUAACACGAUGGUUAAAAAUUUUUCUUGGAUAUUACAUAAUGCAUCUUUCAAAUCGAAUAUGUUGUUGUUACNGUUAGGAUGUUGUGACAUGGUUCUCGGUAUAGAAUGGUUGAUUACUUUAGGGGAUAUCACGUGGAACUUUGAAAAGUUAACCAUGGAAUUUGUGGUGCAAGGGAGAAGACUGGUGUUAAGGGGUACACCAAAUCCGAACCUCAAAACCAUUAGGAAACAAAGGGUAUCUAAUACGCUUGCAUCAAGAGUCCACAUAUCAAUGAUACAAUUGUGUGAUAAGGGUGAAGGUACUUUAUUACAUUCAUUAUCAACUCACGCUGAACCCAGCAAUAUUCCUGAUAGCAUUGAGAAGUUACUGCUGGAUUUUGAAGACGUGUUUCACGAACCAACCACACUUCCACCUAAGAGAGCUGACCAUGAUCACCGCAUUCCUUUGGUUCAAGGCACAAACCCAGUGAAUAAACGACCCUAUCGAUAUGCUAAACAGCAAAAAGACAUCAUUGAUGGUCUCAUACAACAAUACUUACAAACUGGAAUUAUUCGAAACAACUGCAGUUCAUAUUCCAGUCCAGUGGUAUUGGUUGGGAAAAAAGAUGGAGGAUGGCGUCUAUGCAUAGAUUACAGGGAAUUAAAUAAGAGGACAGUCAAAAACAGGUUCCCUAUUCCAUUAGUUGACGAUUUAUUGGAUGAAUUACAUGGCUCAAAAUUCUUUUCGAAGCUAGAUUUACGUUCUGGGUAUAAUCAAGUCCGAAUGGUGGAGGAAGAUAUACACAAAACAACCUUCAAAACACACUCAGGACACUAUGAAUAUUUAGUGAUGCCCUUUGGACUAACCAAUGCGCCUGCUACUUUUCAAGGACUCAUGAAUGGAAUAUUCCAAGAAUCCUUAAGAAAGUUUGUGCUCAUAUUUUUUGAUGAUAUUUUAGUUUACAGCACAUCCAUGGAAAAUCAUUUGGUUCAUUUACAUAAAGUUCUAUCAACAUUAAGGACCCAUUCCCUAUUUGCUAAGAAAUCCAAGUGUUACUUUGGAGUGACAAGAGUAGAAUAUUUGGGACACUUCAUUUCUGCAGAGGGGGUGGCUACGGAUCCAGCAAAGAUAGCUGUUGUACAACAAUGGCCAUUACCACAAUCUGUGAAGCAGCUAAGAGGAUUCUUGGGUUUGGCGGGCUAUUAUAGAAGAUUUGUCUACAAUUAUAGCACUAUAGCUAGACCCUUACAUGAUAUGCUCAAGAAAGAGGGAUUUAAAUGGUCGAAAGAGGCUAAGGAUGCUUUUCACAAAUUGAAAACCCAGCUAAGUAACACUCCUGUCUUGGCUUUGCCAAAUUUCUCCAAAGAAUUUAUUUUAGAAGUUGAUGCGUCUGGGCAGGGAGUGGGAGCUGUAUUAAUGCAAGACCAACACCCUAUAGCCUACAUUAGUAUGAGCUUUAACUCUCAACAAAUAGCCUUGUCGACGUAUGAAAAGGAACUGUUAGGAGUUGUGUUUGUCGUACAGAAGUGGCGGCACUACUUGCUUCCUAAAAGGUUCACUAUUCGAACAGAUCAUCAAAGCCUUAAGUACAUCUUAGAUCAAAGGCUCACCACCGCUUUUCAGCAAAAAUGGCUUGUCAAGUUAAUGGAAUUUGAUUUCAACAUUGAUUACAAGCAAGGACAUGAGAAUAUAGCGGCGGAUGCUUUAUCUAGAAUCGAAUGUGCUACUCUCUUUAUCCAUCAACCUACCUUUGAAUUACUAAAAUCUAUAAAAGACACUUGGCAAACAGAUAUUGAUUUGAAAAGAAUCAUCACCGAGUUACAAGUGAACAACAACACCCAUAAACAAUUUUCAUGGCAGAAGGAAGAGUUGAGAAGGAAAGGGAAAUUGGUUGUGGGAAAGGAUCAAAAAUUAAGACAACAACUUAUGGAAUGGUUCCAUGCCAGUACUUGUGGAGGGCAUUCAGGAAUAGAUUCUACACUUUAUAGGGCAAAAUAUGUAGUAUAUUAG